GGUCCGCGGUCAUCUGUCAGUUUGUUUGCGCGAAAAAGGAUAGGAAUCCUCUUGUGUCCUGGCCGUCGGCCGUCGCUGCGUCGUUCCAGAUUUGGGGAAGGAAAUCCGGCACCGAGAUUCGAGUCGAAAAGGUGAGCUGCCGUCCCGCUCCUUGUCUUGUCUGGAAACAGUCGUUUCGCGUGACGUUGGCAGGCUAGCCGCGCGCGCUUGUUGGAGGACAUCAUUUGCUAGAUGGCGCGUACCAAGCAGACCGCUCGCAAGUCCACUGGAGGAAAGGCUCCUAGGAAGCAACUCGCUACAAAGGCAGCCCGGAAGUCUGCACCCACAACUGGAGGAGUGAAGAAGCCUCACCGUUACCGCCCAGGGACUGUUGCUCUUCGUGAGAUCCGCAAGUACCAGAAGAGCACUGAGUUGCUGAUUAGGAAGCUGCCGUUCCAGAGGCUUGUGAGGGAGAUUGCUCAGGAUUUCAAGACGGAUCUGCGCUUCCAGAGCCAUGCCGUGCUUGCUCUGCAGGAGGCAGCAGAGGCCUACCUGGUUGGUCUCUUCGAAGAUACCAAUCUGUGCGCGAUCCAUGCCAAGCGCGUGACCAUCAUGCCCAAGGACAUUCAGCUGGCAAGAAGGAUCCGUGGCGAGAGGGCGUGAGUCUGUCGACGGGAGGAAGAACUCUGCGCUCGUUUUGUGUGUUCGCCUCUCUCACCCUGUAAGUUUUGUGAAAAGAUAAUCUAGUAAACUGUACUUGGCCUGUUUGACUGUAGCCGCAGUAGCGUAUGCGCAUACUAUUGGCUGUUGUCGUGUCUGGAGUCUUUUAUCCAUCCAUUCUACUACUUAAUAAUCGGGUUGCUGAACGUGUAUCCAGACUUAACUGUGUGUUUGGCUGUCUGAACCUCUGAAUCGUUAUUGAUGUCAUCCCAUUCGUCC